AUGGUCGAUCAGAUGCUUAGCCGCCCAGCUAUGGGACAGGUAGCUUCCCUAGGUAGCCUCUAUGAUGCUCGGAGUGACUCAUUCAUAUCUUUCUCUUUGUUACGAAAGACACCGCCAACCGAGUGCAUUGAGACAACAGGAAUGCCUUCUACGACUAUUAAAUUUAGUAAAACAGACACAUUCCAAGAAAAGUUUGACCAGCUCCAUAUCCCAGCUGAGCUCCAAGCAAGUUUCUUGGCGGGUCUCGUUAAAGUGGGGGUUUCAAGGCUUUACUUGGAUGACAAAAGACAAACGAAUCAGGUCGCACAGUGUACUCUGCACUACAGCACUACGACUGUCGAACAAACGCUUCAACUAUCUUCCCCGGAUGUCUGCCCCUGUUUAGACCGCAUUAUUCUUGGUACCGGUCUCGCCACACAUGUGGUCACUGGUAUCAGGUGGGGAGCCAACUGUGUUGUCACGGCCAAAAGUCAAGUCACUCGGCAGCAGGACAUAUCCGAGAUUUCCGGUGAAUUGGAGGCUCAAAUGAAUGAACUCAUUGCCCCCGGAUUGACCGUGAAGGGCUCUGCGGGUGUCAACAAAAUAGCUACAUGUCAAGACUCAGGAUCUUCAUCUUAUAUCACCGUCCAUGGUAAUGUGGUGGCAGAUGAUGGGCUAAUGCCCACUGACCUUGAAAGCGCCAAAAUUUUCAUGAGCAAGAUACCCAAGUACAUCCAAAAUGCCAAUGACGGAAAAGGAAAGCCAAUCGCCUUUAUGCUUAUGCCUCUUUCUAUUCUGAGAAUGUUCGGUUAUCCCGAGGUCAGGACCGAUAUGAUACUUCGCCAACUAAGUAUUGAUUACGUUGAAAGUUUCGUUCGCCUUUUCGAGAUAUUAGGCAUACCCAGCAGAAGCUCAACGACUAUCAAGCGCGGAUUCUCAAUCAUGAAGCUGUUGUUGCUCCAGCCCAUGUAG